CCGCCACCGGAGGACCGCAUUCGUCGUUGCACUUACCGUUCGACUGGACUAGCCUAGCCCUAGCCUCUAGGUACUAGGCACUAGCACGGUCCACGGAAAUCGGCGAAAGCAGGCGUAACGUGACAACACUACCGUGCGGUGUGCGUGCAUGUCCACCAAGAGCAGCAACAACGACGCGAGAUCGCGACCUGUGUGCUCGUGUUAACCCGAUACCUCUCACGCCCUUUCCGCCCUUCUCCGCCCUCCCCGCACCAUGGCCAUGCGUGGUGUAACGGUUUUGUUUUUCCAAGUGCUGAUACUGUGUUUCCAGGCGAAGGCCUGGAAUCCGGUCCGGCGAUCGUACGAGGUGAAACAGGAAGCGACGACGCUCGGCAACGUUCAUCUUAUAACGGAGUGUAUGCACGUCACCUCGGAGGAGGGUGAGUUCUCCUUCAUCAAGCUGCCACCGACGCGAUCGACCUCGAGCUGGAAGGGCACGGGGGGAGGCAGAGGUCUGGGCGAGAGCUGGUCCGGGCUGAUCGAGAUGGAGAGCGACACGAUGCUGGCUGGUGACGGGAGUGGCGGCGAGCCACUGGUGGCCAAUGGUGGUGGUGGUGGUGGUGGUCCGGCGGCUACCGUCUGCGGUGUCUACUUCGUCGCCGAUCCGGACCAGAUAAUCGAAAUAACGAUGAAACAGGUGAACGUCGAAUGUCGCACCGGUGGCCUGAUGGCGUUCGUCGAUGGCUGGGAGCUGAACGGCCAGUACUUCCCGGGCGAGCAGGACCACGAGCAGCGGUUGGAGCGGCGCGUACAGGAGUUCUGCAGCGAGCAGGCACCACCCCAGUGGUCCACCAAGGCGGUGACACCCGCGAAGGUGUGGGUGUUUCGCUCGAGCCAGAACUGUGCCCUCGUCCAGUACCGCAUCCCGGUACGGGGUUCCUUCGUCAUUUCGGCCCGCUUCCUGCACAACUCCAAGCCAUGCCACAUCAUGGCUGAGGGGCUAGCCCCGUACUAUAUGCUGCGCAACUAUGGACAACCAAAGAACUGUACGCUGACGGCCCUAUUUCCAGCCGUCGUGUCAGUGAUUGCUUUGGAAGUAGGUCCGGUCGACAAGAACGUCCAUUAUUGUGAACGCGUACGAUCCGACGAUAAGCUGGAGGUCGGUGGUUCGACCGGGCUGGAUCCGCAUCAGAUGAUAAAGGCGAGCACGAUCUGCGGCCGCAGUGGCGGCCGGAUGGACCUGGACCAGAGCAUCCUGUGCGGUACCACCUCGGUGCGGCUGGUUUCGAGCGGGCAGUACAACAACCAGGCUAUGAUAACGAUACGAAUGGCCGAGGAGGCCGAUCUCCGGCUGGCGGCUGUUAUGUGUGCGAUGUAAGGUCCGCCCCGUGUCCGAUGGCAACCCAAACAAACAAACACAAAUUUGAAGAAACUAACUUAAGGAAAAAAGAAACACCUCAAACAUGGGCAUGCGAACAGGUAGGUGCAAGCUUCGAAACACACUGAAAAAGAAAAUGGACGAACCAAAACAAGGAAUAAGAAACAAAACAUGGAUUUGCAAACCUGGAAUGCAAUCGAAUGAAGCACUUGCUGGUGCGGUAGGAGAAUAGUAAACCUAGAAACCCGGAACACAAUCCGAGAACGGAAACCCCCUCGCGGAGGGAGAGAGAUAGGGAGGAAGAGAGAGAGAGAGAAAAAGAGAGAGAGAGAGAGAGAGAAAGAAAGAGGGAGAGAGAGAGAAAGAGAGAGAGAGGAGCUGGAUAGGACCUUUGAGAAAGAAUGUGGAUCUAUUAUCUCAUUUUUAUGCAAAAGAAAAAAACUCUAGCAAACCAAACAGACAAAAUAAUUCAUAACGAAAAGUAAAGUCAAAUAAAUAAACGAAUUUGGUUUUUAAUUUACAAUACAGCUCAAAAGGUUGAGCAGAAACCGGACGAGAAUAUUGCGUAAGAGACAAUGCGGCAAGCGAUCGCUAAAAACCGCAGCAAGUAAAACACAGUAAUACAGAAUGGAACGCGGAACGAAACGAUUAGCAUUUAAACAAAACAAAACUCCCUGUCACAU